AUGGGGCACAUUGCUGAGCCUACCGGCACUGUGGUGAUUGGCUGCAAAGUGCUGCCGAUCUUCAACGAGCAUGGCAUUGUUGACAGUGCAAUGAAGAAGAUGGUGCAUAGGAUUGAUGGCAAGAAGGCAGUUGCGCGGGUUAAGGAGCUUCUGAAACGGGCUGCCCAGGCCAGGCCUCACAGCGCCACUGUCAGUGGAAAGAAAUGGAAGGUAUAUAUAUGUGGUCCUUUGAUCUUACUUCUGCCCCCUUUCAUAGAAGGUUCUGAGGUUCCACGCAAGGGACAGCGCUGUAGCCACAACAGCCUCAAAGGGAGGCGGCAACAGCAACAGAAGCAGCAACAGGUGUCGAGCGACAAGAUAAGCUGCAGCUCGGGCAAGCUGAGCUUCAAGUGGGACGUGGGCAGCUGCUCCUCGUCAUCGUCGGUUGUGUAUUCGCCGCUGUCAUUGAUGUCAGCGCCAGCAAAGGCCUCGGAGCAGACGCUGCUGACGCAGUUGAGGAAAGACUACUGCAUGUCAAGGCUGUCGUCCAUGAGCCAGCAGAGUAUGUUGUACGGUGGCGGCAGCCCAAAGAGCUUGAAGAACAUGGAAGGAGAGAGGAGGAGGAGGAGGCCUGCAGCUGCAGGACGGCGCAGUGGAUCACCACCGAUUCAGACUUUGUGGUGUUGGAGCUGUAAGCUAAUGCUCAUCAAGACAUCAAUUAAGCAAGAUGUGAGCAGAGACGCACAUUUGGUUGCUUAG